CUCGGAUAUGUCCGUCACCAACCGCAUUUCCGCCGAGGGCGUUUCAAAGAACAAGGAAGCUCAGAAGGAUUACCAGCGCCACCCAGUGGACAUGCGACCUGACGUCAUGGGCUCUCCACAAAAUCGGUUGAUUGUCUGAAUCAUGACGACGUCACUGCAUUCCGUACCAUUGCCAAACCCUGGUUCCAGGCCAAUGGGCAGACCUUCAUAAAGCAGGCAUCUGCUUGCUCCGACUUCAACCUAUUCACUCAGACCACACAUCCUUCAUCUCCAACCCUCGAAAUCCAUUCCAAUUCCACCAUCCACCAUGACUACUCUUCACUACCUCCCCCCCGUGAAGCCCUCCGCUAUUGCGAUGGGAACCUUCUUCACCCACACGGCCUCCCUCGGCAUCCUCGCCCCCGUUUUCGGUGACACCUACCACCGUGCCCAGUCUGCCAACUCGAAGGAGGAGUUCAUCAAGUCCAAGGAGGCCGCCGGUGCUGCUGCCGCAUGGGGUAGUUCCUUGGUUGGAAGCGCUGUCCAGACUUACGGUGUGGCUGCUCUGAUCAACGCCACCGGCACUCUGAGCUACAAGGGCGCUGCGUACUUGGGCACAUUGAUCUUCUUCGCCAGCUCUGCUCCCGGUUUCGUCAGCCAGAUCUUCUCCGAGAAGCGACCCCUCGAUACCGUUGCCGUUGGCGCCGUGUCACGGGUGUUCGAGACCGUCGGACUCAGCUUGUUCCUGACCUGGUGGGGAACUCGCACCAACCCCUUCGAUUAAGCUUUCUCUGGCUUUGAAAUACUGAACGCGAUCGAUGAUCAAUAAUAAAUAUUGACCAGGACACUCCAUUCCAUCAUAAUCAGAAAGUAGACACGAUGUAUGACAGAGAAAGGCGACCCCUGUAUAUUUAGUUCCAACUUUGUUUCCUUAUUUUAAUUAGCUGAUGUAAAUGCAAAUGCACGUCACACUUCAAGAUACGUC